UCCAAAGCAUCCGGCUGGUUUGGUGCUCCGUCAAAACAAGUCCUUCCUUCCGGUGCACGUCCAUGCUUUGAACAGCUGAUGUGUUGCUGCUUCUCUCUGCCAAACAACCGUGACAAUAUUUUCGGUCUCAUUCUCCAAGAUCAUAGGUCGACAUGACUAAAGAGGAAGCCCAGGGAGCGACGGAGGAGGAGCAGCAGGCUCAGUCAAAGAAAGGCCUGAAGAAACAGCAGAAGGAAGCGGAGAAAGCUGCGAAGAAGGCUGAGAAACAGGCCAAGCUGGCUGCCGAACAGCAAAGCGUAGAGGAAGAUGACUUUGCCAAGGACAGAUAUGGCGUGCCGGCUAUGGUCCAGUCCCAACAAAAACUGGACAGGGUGUUGGUGCGAGUCCAAGAACUUGCUCCUGAGAAAGCUGACCAGCUGAUCUGGCUCCGUGCCCGAGUCCACACCAGCCGAGCCAAAGGGAAGCAAUGCUUCUUGGUCCUGCGUCAACAGCAGUUCAACGUGCAGGCACUGGUCGCAGUGGGAGAUCGUGCCAGCAAGCAGAUGGUCAAGUUUGCCGCAAACAUCACCAAGGAAAGCAUCGUAGACGUGGAGGCGUUUGUGAGGAAAGUGGAGCAGAAGAUCGAGAGCUGUUCCCAGCAGGACGUGGAGCUGCACAUCGAGAGGAUUUUUGUCAUCAGCCAGGCAGAGCCUCGUCUCCCCCUGCAGUUGGAGGAUGCCGUCAGGCCUGAUGGAGAGGGAGAAGAGGAAGGAAGAGCCACAGUCAACCAGGACACCAAGCUGGACAACCGGGUGAUUGAUCUCAGGACGACCACCAGCCAGGCCAUCUUUCGCCUGCAGUCUGGAGUGUGCCGGCUCUUCAGAGACACUCUCACCAAUAAGGGCUUUGUGGAGAUCCAGACCCCUAAAAUCAUAUCAGCUGCCAGUGAAGGUGGAGCCAAUGUCUUCACCGUGUCCUACUUCAAAACCAGCGCCUACCUGGCCCAGUCCCCCCAGCUAUACAAGCAGAUGUGCAUCUGCGCUGACUUUGACAAGGUCUUCUGUGUGGGUCCAGUUUUCAGGGCUGAGGACUCCAACACCCACCGUCACCUGACUGAGUUUGUGGGUCUGGAUAUUGAGAUGGCCUUCAGCUACCAUUACCACGAAGUGAUCGACUCCAUCACUGACACCAUGGUGCAGAUCUUCAAAGGCCUGAGAGACAACUUCCAGACGGAGAUCCAGACGGUGAACAAGCAGUACCCCAGUGAGCCUUUCAAAUUCCUGGAGCCCACUCUGAGGCUGGAGUACAUCGAGGCCUUGGCCAUGCUGCACGAGGCCGGGGUGGAGAUGGGUGACGAGGAGGACCUGAGUACGCCCAAUGAGAAGCUGCUCGGACGUCUGGUCAAGGAAAAGUAUGAUACUGACUUCUACGUGCUGGAUAAGUACCCUCUGGCUGUUAGACCCUUCUACACGAUGCCUGAUCCAAGCAACCCUAAAUACUCCAACUCCUAUGACAUGUUCAUGAGGGGCGAGGAGAUCCUGUCUGGAGCUCAGAGAGUCCACGAUGCUCAGUUGCUGACUGAGAGGGCCAACCAUCACCAGAUUGAUCUGGAGAAGAUCAAGUCAUACAUCGACUCCUUCCGUUAUGGAGCUCCCCCACAUGGUGGUGGAGGCAUUGGGCUGGAGAGGGUCUGCAUGCUGUACCUUGGUCUCCACAACAUCCGUCAGACCUCCAUGUUCCCACGUGACCCUAAGCGCCUGACGCCUUGAACGCUCGACAACCUUAGACGAAGCAGAUGCUGGUGAUGGGGAAACCGAACUAAUCCACAAUCCAAGAAAGGGGACGAAUAUAGGAGCUAGUGCCACCUUAUGACUUUAACGUGCCACUAUGAUUAACCAAUAAGAUGAAAGAAUGAAUCAUUUGAAACAGUAGGUUUGUACUUUAUUGAUUGUCUAACAACAGCAAAAUAACAGAGAAAAAAAGGGAGUUGGCUGGUGUGUUAUGGAAGUCCGUUAAGCUGCUCACACUUAAACCAUCUUUUAAUCGAGUCAGUGUUUGUCUAAGUUCUUUACUAUGGAGAUGUUUGAAAAUACAACCUUACUACAGAUCUGAGUCCCUCCUACUACCAGCACAGACUAAGUACUAAUGAUUGUGGUCUCCAGCACUAUGCCUGUAGCUACAGGUGUUUUGUAUGUCAUUAGAAGACUAAACGCAUAAUAAUAAAAACUUCUCAAACA